AUGAACCCUGAGCACCAGAAAGAUAUGGUACGCAGGGAUCGACAACUGGAUCAAGAGGGUAACCGUCAGAAUCAAGAUAUAUAUAUUCGGAAGAACAGGUUCAAUACCUAUCAGAAAAACACUGAACGAGCACUGUACCGCAUGGAACGGGCACUCAAGGAAACCCGGAACGACCCCGAACCAGCCCCAGAGCGACCCCCGAAGACUGCCAAAAAGGGCCUGCCAGAGGUCGAUAUCUUUGCCAUCAGCGGUUCGGCUUACCAGCUUCAUCUCGGUAAAUCGGAUUGCUUCAUUACCUCGCUAGCGCAGAUUGACAAGAUUAUCGACGAGAAGAACUACCCUGAACGCCAACUGGAGGUCGAGAAGCUGAAAGAACAGAUCCCCGAGUCCUACCACGGCUUUGUGGAUGUGUUCUUGAAGUCAGCGUCGGAUACGCUGUCCCCGAGGAGAGAAAACGAUUACCGAAUUGAGCUUACUGAUAAGAAUACGCUGGGGUAUAGUCCUCUAUAUCGAUAUUCUGCAAAGGAACUAGAGGCGAUCAAGGCCUAUCUAGUAGAGAACCUACAGAAGGGCUUUAUCGUUCCCAGUGCUGCCCCAUUCGGCUCUCCCGUACUAAUGGCUGCGAAGCCAGGGGGAGGCCUGCGGUUCUGCGUGGACUACCGGAAACUGAACUCGAUUACCAAGAAGAACCGCUAUCCCCUGCCCCUAAUGGACGAGUUGCUGGACCGGCUAGGCCACGCAAAGAUCUUUACCAAGCUUGACAUCAGGCAGGGCUUCUACCGCAUACGAAUGCAUCCCGAUUCAGUGGAUCUGACUACGUUCCGCACCAAGUACGGGUCCUACAAAUACCAAGUCUUACCUUUCGGCUUGAUCAAUGGACCCGCAGCGUUCUAA